AUGGCGUUGCCCGAAGGGCCUGGCCCGCACAGCCUCGCAGAAUGCCACGACGCAGCCGUGGAUGGUUCUUCGAGGCAGACUACUGGUGUCCAGUUUCGUGAGUCGAGUCUUCCCCGUGACUCGGGCGUUGCAAGCAAUGUUCCCAGGCGUCAGCGACAAAGCAGGGUUUCCCGUCACAUGUCUAUUGCGCGCCAGUCGGUGAAGACCCGUGCACGUACCACGCAGCUUGAGUAUGUGCAGGCAUUCAUUGAACGUUUUGAAGAAGAAGACGCAGCCGCAGCGAGUCGUUCAUAUGUUCAGAAGUUCGCAGGUUCAGUUGUCCUUGUUUCGUCUCCCGUAGCAUGUGCUCUUGUCACAGUGUGUUUCCAACUCGCAUGGAAAGAGUCUCCAGGUUUUUUCCUAUUCCCACCUCUGUUGAUUUCGUCCUUGGCCUUGAUGCUUGUCUAUGUGGUGGUCUUAGUUCUAACAUGUGGGGUAGCAGAGGCGGAGCUGCUCUUCGAUCGCAGGUAUCUUCGAGGAGCAUCCUUUGGAUGUGUAUGUGGCGCGUGCCUACUUCUUCAGAAUAUAGCGUUUGGGAACGGCAUGUCUUCGACACUUUACAAUGUCAUCAGAAGUUCAGACAUGCUUUGGACACUCGCCAUUGAGUCGACUGCGCUUGGAAAGAGGCCAGGAGCGACCAAGGCCUGUGCAUGUUUAGCUGUACUCAUGCUGAGCAUUAGCUACAUCAUGGCCGACGUCGAGUCAACACAGGACGACAGCUUCUCGUUCAACGCCCUGCCCUUCGUCGCAGCAGUUCUGUCGUCAGUCUUCGCAGCUCUUACCGGCCUCACAGCGCAGGUGCAGGGCAGAUCGUUCACAAAAGAUUAUUCAAACAAGCUAGGUGCUGUGAUCAGGAUGUUGUUCGUCCAGCAGUUCUGGCUGACCGUUGUAUUCACGGCCUCUGUACUCCCAUCGAUCGGCGACAUCAUGGCGCAAGGUUUCUUUCACAAAUGGACAUUUAGAAGUCCUUGUUUGAUAGUGUUGCCAAUGAUGGUCAAAGCCUUCGUUUCAAACCUUGCGAUCUUCUUUUCGGGAGCCCUCAACAAAAAUAUAUCUGGCAGCUUUACGACCGGGGCGUCCUACUUGAUGGAAUGUGGUCUCGGCUUGGCAGUGCUCUCGGUAUCCAGAGCAUGUAUGAUUGCUUCACUUGUGAGCGUGCUGGCAUUAAUCGCCAUCAAUUACUGGGUGGUCGAGACAUCCAUGCGCGAUUCCGAACGCAAGGUGGUAGAAGCAAUUCGCGGGGCUUGCAGUGGACGACCAUCAGCACCGACCAGUACAAGGGAACCAGCAUCAUCAGUCACGAGCCCAGGACCAGUACCCACGAAACCAACACCAGACACGGUCACCAGCACCAUCGAUGGCAGCGAGAGUAGAAUCAACGUUUCUUGUUGA